AUGCCUCAACGGCAAUCUACCCCUCUACCCAAGAACUGGCCCAGGGACGUCACCUUUCUCACGACUCUCCACAUCCCGCCUCCCCUGACACCAGCAUCAAUAUCUGUAGAUGAUUACGACGGCGGCGGCGGCAGCGAUGAUCAAUCCAGGUCGUCGAGACUCCCACUGAUCACGCCCUUGCCAGCAACCCCAAACCCCAACGUCCGCAUCACGCCCAUCACCACACCGACACACCCGGCUUACACACAACGCGGUCUCUUUGCGACGCGCGCACUGCCGCCGUCGACGUUCAUCCUCUUCUAUCUGGGCACGCUCCACCCGUCGUCCACCACGGACCCGGACUCGAACUACGACCUCAGCCUCGACCGGGACCUCGACCUGUCCAUCGACGCCACGCACCGCGGCAACGAAGCCCGCUUCAUCAACGACUACCGCGGCGUACGACCCGACGGGCCCAACGCCGAGUUCCGCGACUGUCUCGUCCAGGUCAGACUCGGCCGCCCAGGCAGCACCCAGAAAACGCACUACGAACGGAGAAUCGGCGUCUUUGUGCUGAGUCCCGGAAAAGGGGCCGCACCAGCGCCAGCACCGACAGCACCAGGCUCCGGUAGAAGCAAAAGUCAAAGCAAAAGUACCGGUAGUAUCAGCGGCAGCAGCAGCAGCAGUAGCAGUAGAAGCAGUAAACGCGCCCGAGGUAUUGCCAAAGGUGAGGAAAUCGUGGUGAGUUACGGCAAAGGUUUCUGGAAAGCUAGGAAGACCGACGAAGACGACCACGAAGGUGACGAAAUGGAGGAGGUAGUGGUGGUGGUGGGAGAGGAUGGAGAGCGAGUAAGUGAUGCUGGCUGA